AUAAUUACUGGUUUUCCCGUCACACCUUACUUCUCAGAUGAGUUGGGUCCACUCUUCUUGCCGAAACCCGCAACCGCGGUGGCGAAACGGCGGUUGUAUUGCAUCCUCUUGUGGGCGCGCCACGUGGCUUCUUCUUCUCCUCCUCCUUCUUUGCCACUUUGGGUGUUUGGCCUCUCACCUUACCAGCAACGAGCCAAAGAUCCGUGAACCUGACCCAUGGCGGCUUCUUGAGUUUUUUAAAAAAAUGUAUUUUAAAAUGAAAUAAGGUUAAAAAUAAAAAAAUAUUGAAGACCGUGAUACGCCGUCGUACCCAUCUAAUCUCAUGCUAAUUAUUUCCUUCCCCACUCCCUUUAUUUUCUCAUAGCCCAAACACCACCUCUUCCGCUGCAAUUCUGCUGGACGCUCUCAAAUUUACUUUCUAGGUUCAAGAAGUUGAAGAUAAAGAUUUCAGUUUUUUGGGCUGCCAUGCUUUGUCAUUUGUUCAUUCUGCACUGUAUUUUCAGUUUCAUUUUAUGUAUCUCGAGUUUCGGUUAUGGGGACAUGGUUGAGGAUAAAGUUUUGACUGUUGGGAAGGAACUGUGGAAGGAAACUCUUCCAUUACAAAUGGGUUCUCGCAUUUACCAAUUGCAAGGGCUCAAAUCAUAUACUUGGUACGAAGUGAAGAUAUCAUAUCCAGCUUCUAUACCUGCUAGCUUCUCUAUAAAACUAAAGAAAGAGGACGCUGAUAUGGGGAUAGAUCGGAAUAGAAGAUUACUUAACACUGAGAAAUUGAUUUUCAAGACUGACAGUCUCACUAGUAAUCAGAAUAAAUCGUAUGUGUUGGUCACUGUGGAGCCUGAGGGGGUUGUUGCAAUACCACAUGUACCGGAGAGGCAGUUCAUCUUAUUCAACAUAGUCUGUGAUGAGUUGUUAUUGGGCAUCCCACACAAGGCUUGGUGGGUAGCAAUCUUGGUUUUGCUCUGUUUGGGAUGGGCACUCAUCAUUCCUAAUUUUCUCCCAACGUAUCUGCUUCAAAGAAAUGGAAGGCCCAAGAUAUCAAAUCAGAAUGUUUCCAAAAAAUCUUAAUGCGAUUGCCUCAGAAUCAUAGUUUCCAUUUUGCUGCUGUGCAUUUUGCUUGGUGCUGACUUGCUAGGGUGUUCGGUUCAGAAUUUCUUAAAGUUUUAUUUAGUCGAUAAACAUUUCAAUAGGUAUUAGAAUGCAUUUUUAGAAACCAGUAGGUGUCAAAUGAUCUGUAAUGGAGUCUGCUUCAUUGAGGACCAGCUCAUAUAUGCUUAAUUUUACUUCAAUACAAGGUAUAUAAACAUAAGCCUAUUUUACAGUGCUUUC